AUGCCUCAGUAUCGAAUCGAGUCUUCACCCAACAACCGGGCCGGUUGCAAGGAUUCCGUCUGCAAGGCCGACGGGGUCAAGAUCAUGAAGGGAGAGAUUCGCUUCGGCACCUGGGUUGAGAUUAAUGAGCAUGGCAGCUGGAGCUGGAAGCACUGGGGUUGCGUUUCGGGCGCCCAGGUGCUGAAUCUGCGGGAGCUUUGCGACAAGGACGAUGGGACGUACGACUUUGACAUGAUAGACGGCUUCGACGAGCUUGUAGACGGCAAGAUGCAGGAAAAGAUUCGUCGCUGCGUGACGCAGGGUCAUAUCGACGCCGAGGAUUUCAAAGGCGAUCCCGAGAAAAACAAACUCGGAGAAAAGGGGAUUCACCUGACGAAAGCGCAAAAGGCUGCGAAAGAGAAGGCUGCUGCCGCCGCCGCCGCUUCUGAAUCGGAAGACGAGGCUCUCAAGAAAAAGACUGGCAAGCGAGGACGCAAGAACGUGGCGGAUGACGAAGAAGAUGCAGUGCCUAAGAAGGCAAAGACGUCCAAAGCGGCCAAGGCCAAGAAGGCGGCAGAUGACCAAGAAGAUGCGGUGGCCAAGAAGGCAAAGACGUCCAAAUCGACCAAGGCCAAGAAGGCGGCGCCCGCCAGGAAGGCUGCCCCCGCGGACUGCACCGAGGACGAGACCGAGGAUGGGGUCAAGGAGGAGGAGGAAGCGGCGGCGAAGAAGUCUCGCAAACCUGCUGCCAAGGUCACGGAGCAGACCAGGGUCAAAGCAGCGACCAAAGGUACCACUGGUGGCAAAGGACAGAAGUCGUCAAGGGUAGGUGUCACAUCCUCUGCGUAUGAAAAUGAGCACGUUGAGUCGGAACCGGAAGCUGGCCCUAAAGGCAAACCGAAGCGUGGUGCCCGGUCCAAGGAAGCAGCCAAAUCGGAAAAAGCAGAUGUGCAGGAGCUGCCAGCCAUGCGGCGUCGUGGCCGUCCUCGCAAGGCCUGA